AUGACCGCAAGCGCAGCCCAGGACCUUGUGACCGCCAAGCGCACCACGCUGACCAUCGCCACCUCGCAGGCGAUCGUUGGCGCGGCGGCGCCUGUCGCCAUCUCGCUGGGCGGGCUCGCCGGCCAUUAUCUUCUGGGCGCCGACAAGACGCUGGCGACACUGCCCGUGACAGGCUUCAACAUCGGCGUUGCGCUUGGCGCUCUGCCCGCAGCCAUGCUGAUGCGCGCCGUCGGCCGCCGCAACGGCUUCGUUUCGGGCGCCAUGGUCACCGCGCUUGGCGGCGCGAUCGCCGCACUCGGCCUGUUCCAAACAAGUUUCAUCCUUUUCGCGACCGGACUUCUGGUCAUCGGCCUUGGCGGCGCAUUCGUCCAGCAAUACCGGUUCGCCGCCGCCGACGCGUCUCCCAAGCUGUUCAAGCCCAAGGCGAUCUCUUGGGUGCUGGGCGGCGGUGUCUUCGCCGCGAUCAUCGGGCCACAGGCGGUCAUCCACACCAAGGACAUGUUCGCGCCGGUCGAAUUCGCCGGCGCCUUCGUGGCGGUCAUCGGGCUGGGUCUUCUCGGCGCGGCGAUUUUGUCGACGCUCAAGAUCAAGGAUCACGUCGAGACCGAUCCGGCCAACAUUCCAACCGGGCCGGAGCGCUCGCUUGGCGCCAUCAUCGCCCAGCCGCGUUUUGUCGUCGCUUUCGUCUGCGGCGUGACGACCUAUGCGCUGAUGAGCUUUCUGAUGACCGGCGCGCCGCUCGCCAUGGUGGGCUGCGGGUUUUCCACCGAAGAAGCAACGCUCGGCAUCUCCUGGCAUGUCAUGGCCAUGUUCGCGCCCAGCUUCGUCACGGGCAAUCUGAUCGCCCGGUUCGGCAAGGAGACGAUCGUCGCCACCGGGCUUCUCAUCCUGAUCGCAUGUGGUCUGGUGGCUUUGUCGGGCAUUGCGCUCUGGCAGUUCUGGCUGGCGCUGAUCCUGCUCGGCGUCGGCUGGAACUUCGGCUUCAUCGGCGCCACCGCCAUGCUGACCGAAACCUAUACGCCCGCCGAAAAGAACAAGGUGCAGGGUGUGCACGAUUUCGCCCUUUUCGGCACGGUCGCCUUCGCCUCGCUGAUGUCGGGGGCGACGCUCAACCUGUUCGGCGGCCAGGUGGAGCUGGGCUGGGCGGCGCUCAACUGGAUCCUGCUGCCGGUCGCCGCGGUCUGCCUGGUCGUCCUUGCGAUCUUCGUCCUUCACGAUCGCCGCGCCGCCUCGGAGGCCGCCCACCACCCGUGA